AUGCCACCUAGUGGUGGUGUGUGGCUAGCAACGCCGGUCAGCUUCACGCGCCAGGACAGUGAUUUCGGCAGCUCCUCUCCAAAUCGGCACCAGAGCGUGACUGAACGGAGCCCUGAACAGGAGUCACUUUCACAGAUACACUCUGCAAGGACUCUGUCCUCUAAAACGGGAGUGUACAGGAGGAGAAACAGGAAGCUGACUCAGGAACCAGUGACAUUCAAAGAUGUGGUUGUGGAAUUCAGCGAAGAAGAGUGGGGGCAUCUAGACCCUGCUGUAAAGAACAUGUACAGGGAUGUGAUGCUGGAGAACUAUAAGAACCUGAAUUCAUUGCAUAAAGCACAUCUACUUGCCAAACCAGCUGAGAUACCCAAGUUGGAGAAUAAAAUAAAAACAUGGAUAAUGGAGGAAGAAAUUCCAAGAACAACUGUUUUUGACAUGAAGACUAUUUCAGAAACCCAAGAUUCAGUUCCAGAGCGGAGUACUUCCAAGGAAGACUCAUCCCAUGGAGUGACUUUGACAAGGCUUAUUGAAAGUGAACAUCUUCCCUUAGAUGUCUGGAAAAGUGAAGAUUGUUUAUAUAGGAACCAGAAAAAACUGGAUAUAAAUUUGUCACCAGAAGCUUUUAUUAAUACAACAACCUACACUGAGGAGGGAGACUUUGAAUGCAGUGAAAACAAGAAAAGCUUUGAUGUUAACUCAGUUAACUCAAUUUAUGACUUACAACAAGGAAUUCCUAUAAGAAAGGUCCCAAAGUGUGAGAAGUUUAAAACUAACCUUGGAUUUAAUUCAGUAGAUAAGCCGCAUUCAGAGAAUGAUGAAUGGGGGAAUGCCUUGAACCUGAGUACAGAUAUUAUUCGACACCAAAAAAGUCAUACUAUAAUGAAUUCCUAUGAAUAUUAUCAGUGUGGAAAAGCCUUCAGCAGGAGGUCAUUCCUUAUUGGACAUCAGGUAAUUCACACAGGGGAGAAACCCUGUAAGUUCAGUGAAUGUGGGAAAUUCUUCAAACGAUGCAUAAACCUUAUUGAGCAUCAGAAAAUUCAUACUAAAGAAAAGUCACUUAAAGACAGUAAAUGUGAAAGAGCCCUCAGUGAGAGUGAAGACAAAGGUAAACAACCAAGAUUUUAUCCUGGAGAUAAUUUCUAUGAAUGUGUUGACUGUGGAAAGUCCUUCAACCAGAGCUCCUCCCUUAUUCGACCUCAAAUGAUUCAUACAGGAGAUAAACCAUUUAAAUGUAAGGAAUGUAAGCAAUCUUUCAAUAGGAAUUCAAACCUUUUUAGACAUCAAAGACGUCAUACUCAAAAAGUUCUGAAAAAGGAAGUGCAGGAUUAUUUUCAGUAA